AUGCGUGUGGUGAUUCAAAAAGUCAAGAGGGCCUCUGUCACUGUUGAGAACAAUGUUGUCUCUUCAAUUGGACGUGGCUUGAUGAUUCUCGUUGGUAUUUCCACUUCCGACACCACGGACGAUGUUUCGCGGUUAGUGAAGAAAGUAGCUUCACUACGGCUAUUUGAAGACAUGUCAAAUCCUCCACCAGAUCAGUCUAAGUGGUAUGGAAAGCCAUGGAGCCUAAGUUUGGCCCAGGAUAGAGAUCUCAGUGUUCUCUCGGUAUCGCAAUUCACCUUGUAUGGUACAAUCAAAAAAGGUACGAAGCCCGAUUUUCAUAAAGCUGCAAAGGGACCAGAUGCUGUGAAACUUUACGAAGAAUUCUUGAGCCAGCUCAGGAAGGAAUUAGGAGACGACAACAGAGUCAAGGAUGGGCAGUUUGGAGCAAUGAUGGAUGUCGAUUUGGUGAACGAGGGACCCGUUACCAUUGUAUGGGAUACGAGCGAUAUCGGUUUCUAG